GAUGAUAUUCACACCGUAGUCUUGCCCUUGAAGUAAAAGGCUCUUGAAAGACGAAAUGGCCAGAACGCCACGCGUAUUCUGAGUUGUCCCUGCUCUUUGUUAGGGUGUGUGGCAUCCAAGCCGGUCCCAAAUCGUCCGGCUUAUGGUCUCAAUUCCAGUGGGUUUUUUCACAUGAUUUGAUUGAGGGGAUCGUAGCCAAGGUCGAGAGCCAUGGGUAAUCUCUUGGUCAAGAAGAAGGUCCAGGUCACGGAGGUGGACAAGGCGGUUUUGUCCCUCAAGACGCAGCGCCGGAAGUUGAUACAGUAUCAGAAGCAGCUCGAAACGGUAAUUGAGAGGGAGAAAGAGGUGGCCAGAGAGCUCGUGCGGGAGAAACGCCGAGAUCGUGCAUUGAUUGCUUUGAAGAAGAAGAAGGUGCAGGAGGAUUUGUUGAAGCAGGUCGACGUCUGGCUUACCAAUGUUGAGCAACAGCUCUUGGAUAUAGAUGUGGCGUCCAAGCAGAAGGCUGUGUUUGAGAGCCUUAAGACUGGGAACAGCGCUAUCAAGCAGCUGCAAAGUGAGGUUAAGUUGGAGGAUGUACAGAAGCUCAUGGACGACACAGCGGAGGCGCAGGCCUACCAGGAGGAAUUAAACGCGGCAUUAGGUGAACAAUUGUCUGCUGAAGAUGAGGAGGCUGUGAUGGCUGAGUUCGACGAACUUGAGACACUAAUGGCAACCGAAGAUAUGCCAGAUGUUCCUCUUCCAGUUAGCCAACCUUCGAAACAAGACAUUGAGGAGCCCGUCAAGGAGCCCAUCAAGGAGCCAAUUGCGGAGCUUGCAGAGACAUCCACGAAUGAAAAGAAUAGAAAAGAGUAUUCUCAAGAUCAUGAAGCUAAUGAUGAAGAAAUCGAGGGUUUGGAUCUGCCUGAUGUUCCAACUUCACCAGUUAGAAAGAAUCAAGAAGAAGCUCCUCAAAAGACGAAAAGUAAAACUCGAGUUAUAGAAGAACCACUAGCUGCAUAAUGCUUCACUAUUUGCCUGUCAAGUGGAGCAUGCUGUUACAGGCGAAUGAUUAUAGGUUUAUGGUGGAUGAAAAUCUCCUCCUUGAACUCGAAAAAUUCAUAUUUAAGAUAUGAGGUAGGCAUCAAUGAUCAGUGACCAAGGCAGCAAGUGACCAAGAAUUUGAAUCACGUAUGAUCAUUGUCAUGUAACAUUUCUUUACAUGGUUUGGGAGCCAGGCACUUGGUAAGACACCUUCACAUAAGUCUCUUAACAGAUGAAUUUGUUUCAUCUACCUUGUAUAGUGUGCAUAGUAUGAACAAGGUACAUUGUGAUAUGUCUAAUAAGUACGCUGCAAUGCAAUUCGAUUGUGCAGCAGUUGUAGAUUUAGAAUCAUCAUCUUACUGGUAUUUAUUUGUCACCAUUGCCAAGUUUAUUAGUUGCGUGUCCAGGAAGAUAUGAUCGACUUCAAAAAAUUGAAAAUGAGCUUCAACAGAUUGGGUAGCUUUGAAAUACUGUGCCCUAUUUUGUAGCAGCUGUGCGACGCUUGCCCACGUAAUUGAACAUUUGUGAUUAUGUUCUGUUC